AUGGCGAAGGCUAAGUCGAAGAAUACGAUUGUGAAACUGAUAUCGUCGGCAGCUACCGGGUACAGCCGGCACGUCACGGUGAGCCGGGGAGCUCCGCUGGUCAAGCAGGUGAGAUACGACCCGGUAGCGCAGCGCCAUGUGUUGUUCACCGAGGCCAAGAAGAGGAAGAUUGCGGAGCGGAAACCGCUGGACUUUUUGCGUACUUCGAAAUGA